CUUAGAAAUAAGAGUACUAAAGGAAGGUAAAUCCAAAAUACCAAGCAUUAUUUUAGAGGGCUAUAUAACAAGGUAAUACCUGCAUUCUAUUUCAUGUUAAAGUGAUUCAUGUGAGUGUACCACUCCAACGUUAACACUACAGAGGAAAGAUGCCUAAAUACAAAGGGGUCAUAACGACUGAAGACCGUCUCCUUGCCUCCACUUGGGAUCAUGUCCACAUUAAACUAGUGGGGACAGCGGGGGAGAGCCGACGCAAAGCUCUUUCUACUGGACACUUUUUGUUCAAGGCUGGAUCUGUUUUAAAAUUUGAGCUGGACUGCAAAAAGUCCAUUGGCAAACUGGUACUGAUUGAGCUGAACAAAAAUCCCCGUCUUCUGCUGCCACAAGACCCCUGGUUCCCUGCCAAGGUGGAACUCAAGUCCCCUGAAGGAGAGACCUUCCACUUCCCCAUCUAUCGCUGGAUCACCAACAAAGAAGUUCAACAGUUCAGAGAGGCCACAGCUUGUUUAGUGUUUGAUGACAUCCAGCCUUAUGCGAGCCAAAGCAGAAAGAAAGAAUUGAAACUGAGAAAGGAACAGUAUUGCUGGAGCAUUUAUGCAGAGGGGAUUCCUCACUGUAUGAAGGUUCACUGUGUUCAUUCCCUACCUGACGAGGUCCGGUUCUCCUUCACUAAAGAAGUAGAGUUUGGACUCAACGCUUUACAAGGGAUGAUAGAGCUGAAACUCCACAGACUAGCGGACCGUAAAAAAAAGUGGACGAGCAUUGAUGCCAUCGGCAAAGUCUUCCGCCACAAACAAACUGCACUGUCUGAAUACGUUCAGCAGAACUGGAUGAAGGAUUCUCUAUUUGGCUACCAGUUUCUAAACGGUGUCAACCCAAUGGUGAUCCGUCGUUGUUCGGUGUUGCCGGAAAACUUCCCUGUCACUGAUCAAAUGGUGUUCCUCCACGGCGGGAAGAGCCUAGCAGAAGAGAUGCAGAGCGGCAACAUAUUCCUGUGUGACUACAAACUCUUGGAUGGACUGAAAGCCAACAUGGUUAAUGGCAAGCAGCAGUACCUGAUGGCCCCACUCAUCCUGCUCCACAAAACCCCUGAAGAUCAGCUGAUGCCCCUAGCUAUCCAGUUGAAGCAGGAACCAUCAAAGGACAACCCCAUCUUCUGUCCUACCGACUCAGAGUACGACUGGUUGUUGGCCAAGAUGUUUGUCAGAAGUGCAGAUUUCCAGGACCACCAGCUUAACUCCCACUUGCUCCGCACUCAUCUUCUGGCAGAAGUCUUUUCUGUCUCACUCCUGCGUAACCUGCCCAUGGUGCAUCCACUGUACAAGCUCCUGGUUCCACACACUCGCUACACCCUCCAGAUUAACUCCCUGGCCCGGAACCUACUCAUAUCUGACAGUGGAUUUUUCAAUAAGUUCACCUCUUCGGGUGGACAGGCUAUGCAAACGAUUCUGCAACGAGCCACGUCAUCUAUAACCUACACCUCGCUCUGCAUUCGGGAUGACAUCAAGGAGAGAGGGCUGGAGUCUGUGCCCCACUUCUACUACAGAGACGAUGGCUUCCACAUGUGGGACAUCACCAACAGGUUUGUUGAGGGAGUUCUUGGCUACUACUACAAAGAUGACUCUGAUGUCCAGCGAGACACAGAGCUACAGACCUGGGUUCUGGACAUCUUUGAACAUGGAUUCCUUUCACGGCCAGAAUCUGGAAUGCUGCAAAAAUUGAACACUGUAGCUGAGCUGGUGAAAUUCGUCACCAUGGUGAUCUUCACCGGUUCCGCCCAGCACGCUGCAGUCAACAGCGGCCAGUUUGACUACGGUUCAUGGAUGCCCAACACUCCACCGACCCUACAGCGCCCCCCGCCGACCACCAAGGGAACUGCAGAUGAAAGGUCCCUCCUGGAAACUCUCCCUGACAUCAACGUCACCGUUCAUGGCAUGGCUAUCAUGUGGCUGCUCAGCAAGCAGUCCAGUGAUUUUGUGCCCCUUGGCCACUACCCUGAAGAGCAUUUCUCUGAAAGAGUUCCACGCCAGCACAUGGAGAUCUUCAAAGGGGAGCUUGGACUUUUAAGUGCACUUAUUGAAGCCAGAAACUUGAGUCUGGAAAUCCCGUGCACGUUUCUGGACCCACCGUUUCUGGAGAAUAGCGUAGCCAUCUGAGUAGCGGAGCUAUGGGGGGCAGGAGGCUCUGGUCCUGGAGGUGGACUCCCAGCUGAAGGGUUGGGUUCAAACUCCAUUGUCUACACGGUCUGCUGCCUACAAUACAAUAUGAAUAAUU